AGUGAAACUAGUAUGACUUCAGAAGUUUCCCAGGCUCAACUUUCCUUUAGGGUCGCACGAAUUUUAAUACGCGAAUAAUUUUAUGUGAAAGAUUAAUGACUAAAAGUGUUUCAUAAAUUCAAUACUUUACUUAAUAUUAAAUAAUUAUACGUUUAUUGAACACAUAUUAAAGCAAUGGCGACAAUGGAUAUGGAAUUAAAAAAGGCGUUUACAGAAGUGCAAAUCAAUCGCAUUGAGACGACGAAAAAAAUUAAUAUGCUAGACAUCAAGCAUGACAUGGUUAAGACUGGAAAACACAAAUGUAUUCUCACUGAAAAGGGCACAAGCGAUCUUCCAGAUGAUGCAAGAGUCUAUCUCUCAGUAGGUAGAAUGUUUGUUCUAACGAAUGUACAAAACAUGCGUGCUGAUCUCAAGUCUAAACAAGAAAAAUGUCAGAAAACUCUCGAAUUGCUACAAAAAAAAAAAGAAUUUCUUGCUAAGAGUUUAAAGGAUCAAGAGGAUAACUUACGCGAGUUGGUGAAACAAAAAAAAGAUUCUGGCACAAAGACCGUACAAUCUGAAUAAUAAUAAUAAAAAACAAUUUAAGCAUUACAUAA